UGCAAGCAAGAAGCCACGAAGCAGAGCAAAGCAAGAUAGCAAGAUGGUGCACCAGCAGGCGGCCAAGGAGGCGAUCCCGCUGCUGACGCCGUACAAGAUGGGCCCGUUCGAGCUCUCCCACAGGGUGGUGCUCGCGCCGAUGGCGCGGUUCCGCUCCUACGGCGACGUGCCGCAGCCGCACGCCGCCGUGUACUACGCGCAGCGCGCCACCAGCGGCGGCCUCCUCAUCUCGGAGGCCACUGUGGUGUCCGCCACCGCGCAGGGGUUCAAGAAUUGCCCCGGCAUCUGGACGCGGGAGCAGGUGGAGGCGUGGAAGCCCAUCGUCGACGCCGUCCACCGCAAGGGCGCGCUCUUCUUCUGCCAGAUUGUGCACGCCGGCAGGGUCUCCACCAACGAUUUUCAGCCGGAUGGACAGGCGCCAAUCUCGAGUACAGACAAGCCGAUCUCCCCGAACACCGAGACCGGCAUGGUGUACUCCAAGCCACGGCGGCUCCGAGCGGACGAGAUCCCCGGGGUCGUGGAUGAAUUCAGGCGCGCGGCGCGCAACGCCAUGGAGGCGGGGUUCGACGGCGUGGAGAUCCAUGGCGCGCACGGUUACCUCCUGGAGCAGUUCAUGAAGGACAGCGCCAACGACCGCAACGACGAGUAUGGCGGCAGCGUCGAGAACCGGUGCCGCUUCGUGGUGGAGGUCGUCGACGCCGUCGUCCGUGAGAUAGGCGCGCACUGCGUCGGCAUCAGGUUGUCGCCGUUCAUCGACUUCAACGGCUGCGUGGACUCCGACCCGGUGGCACUCGGCGACCACAUGGUGCGGCAGCUCAACAGGUACGACGGCUUCCUUUACUGCCACAUGGUGGAGCCCCGGCUGGCCUACAGCGGCAGGUCAUUCUUCGUCGACGGUCGUAGGCAAAUCCCGCAUGGGCUGUUGCCGUUCCGCAAGGUCUUCAAAGGCACGUUCAUCGCCGCCGGCGCUUACGACAGGGAGGAAGGCAACAAGGUAGUGGCGGAAGGCUACACCGAUCUUGUCGCAUACGGGAGGCUCUUCUUGGCCAACCCGGACCUGCCAAGGAGGUUUGAGCUUGGCGCGCCAUUGAACAAGUAUGACCGCUCCACUUUCUACACGCAGGACCCUGUCGUUGGCUACACGGAUUACCCUUUCCUUGAUGAAAACCAUGAUGACUCAGCUGCUCGUGCAUGAUCAUUCAUGCUGUUCAUUAAGUGGUCAGAAUUGAUUUUCUAAAAAAAUAAUGUGCAUGCUUUAUGCAACGCAUAUGGUUGAUUUCCACCAUUUAACUAGUCAUUUGUAUACAGGAUCUUGUACUUUGUACAUUUUGUUUGUUUCACGUUUACUCUUAACCAAUGUGCAAAGAAAUAAUGUAUUGUAUGUGCUAGAAUAAAUCGGCGGCUAAUUGUUU